AGAAGUAAACCCAGAGGCAGCAGGACUGGAGCAAACCCAGCAGUCUCAGCUUCAUGCUUCGUCCUGGGCACUUCUCCUCCUCCUGUCCGCUGUCGAUAAUAUUGUGACAUUAUUUAUUAUUUUUAUUUUUAUUAUUUAGUUUAAAAAAAAAAAAAACGAAGUGGGGGGGAAGAAGGGGGGCGAGUCAUGGAGCUUUAUUGCCUGGAGUCGGACAUUACCGUGAAAGCCCAGCCUGACCCAAACAUCCUUUAUGAUGACAGAGUGUUGCAAAGUUUAUUAACAAUUGAGGACAGUUUUUUACCUCAAUGCUCAUACUUCCAGAGGGUCCAGAAGGAUAUUCAGCCUUAUAUGAGACGAAUCGUUGCAGGCUGGAUGCACGAGGUGUGUGAAGAGGAGAAGUGUAACGAAGACAUCUUUCCUUUAGCCAUUAAUUAUUUGGACAGAUUUUUAGCAGUGAUGCCCACUAGAAAGAGUUAUUUGCAGCUUCUGGGAGCUGUGUGCAUGUUCCUGGCCUCCAAGUUAAAGGACAGCAGGCCACUAUCAGCGGAAAAACUUUGCAUGUACACAGACAACUCCAUCACACCACGAGAACUGCUGGACUGGGAGCUGGUGGUGCUGGGGAAAUUGAAGUGGAACAUGGCCUCUGUCAUUCCCAAUGAUUUUAUAGAGCACAUCAUACGCAGGCUGCCCCUUCCCAAAGACAAACUGGCGAUGGUCCGCAAACACACGCUGACAUUCAUCGCCCUCUGUGCCACAGAUGACCGCCUUGCCAUGAACCCUCCUUCCAUGAUCGCCACGGGCAGCAUGGGAGCUGCUGUAUGUGGCCUACAGCUGGACCACACCGACCAGAGGCUGAGUCGAGACAACCUGACAGACCUGCUGGCCAAGAUCACCAACACAGAGGUGGAUUGUUUGAGGGCGUGCCAGGAGCAAAUCGAGCGUGUGCUGGCCACCAGCCUGCAGCAGGGCCAGCAGUACCGGCAGGAGACUGGGGUCAGAGCAGGCAACAAAGCGAGGGAGCAGCAAGACCAGUCCAGCACCCCCACAGAUGUACGUGAUGUCAACUUAUGAACUCCCAUCGCCACCUGACUCACACACCGCUCAUGCCUGUCUACCAAUGAACUAGUGAGCGAGGGGGAAUGCGCUGCCAGUAUCUGCGUCAAGUCACUGCAUGAGCGAUGGUGUGACAAUCUAUGAACUUUUAGAGAUUAAGAAAUUUCUAGUUUUUCUCCUUCUUGCCCCGUUUAUACCUGGCUGGGUGUAUUUUCACCUUUUUGUACGGGCCACAUGUAACCAAACAAGCUAUUUAAAAAAUAAAAAAAAGGUAAAUUCUUGAAAACUUGAUAGUGCCUUAGGUUUCCCAGAAUGGAAACCUGAAUAUAUUUUCUUACUUGAAAAAAUAGCAUAAUUAUAUGAAAUAUACAUAUUUCUUUUGAUAAAACCUAGCAAAAAUAAAUAUUAUAAAUAAUGUAUAUUUAGCUAGCAUUUAGUUAUGUUACUCUUUUAUCAUUAGCAGACAGUUAUCAAUUAACAGUUUUAUUGGGGUUUUCCUCGUCUGAAAAUCCAUAUAGUAGUGAUUGAAAUGCGGAUAAUACAGUACAUGGCAUUUAAACGAAGCUGAUAUCCAGCCAGAGGAGCGCUACUGUAGCUAGCUGCUCUCUCUACCUAUCAUACUGUGUGCACCUGUAGCACUGCUUACUAUUUAUGCCGAAAAGUGCUGGCCAGGAGUGGGCUGGGCCUGCUCACAGAGGAAGGACAUGAGGGAGGGGGCAGGGUUCGAGGCCUGGAGCAGUGGCUAAUGUCUGAAAGGUUCAAAUUGUAGACAAGGUCAGUUAUUAAGUUUUUGAAAUCCACAGACUAGUAUGUUAACAGGACAUGUGUGUAUGUGUAUUUGAAUUCAGUGAGGCUACAUUUAAUUGUUCCGAUUUUGGUGUCGCUCCUACAUGUUAGAAGUGUUUUGUAGUUAGUUAAGAGGAGGUUUUAGCCUCAGUCAGGUAGCAGUGAUGUCAUGUAACUAGUAAAAAAAAAAAAAAAAAAGGAGAUUUGUCAGGUUUUACUGGUUUGAGAGGAAACGAAUGAAGAUUGAAGGGUUUGUUGUGAGGUUUUUGGAAAAGAUAAGCAUGUGGAAAGUGAGGGGGGAAAAUGGCAGAAGUCUGGAUUGAUGAAUGAAACAGUGAGGACGUUAACUUAAGCUAUAUGAUGUUUCUGCAGUUGCACGAUACUUGAGUGACACACAGAAGGAGGAAAAAUCCCUGAUGAUGUCUGCAGGAUCAGUUUGGGUGUGCCGCAGUUUCUCCUGUUAUCAAUUUUAACAUUUAACUCUUUGGAGAGAGGGCGACUUGUAACAAUAUUGAUGCACUUUUAAAAACACACUCCUUAAAAUUGGUAAGGGGAUGGUGGUUGAGGAGAGUUCAGUGGGUUGUUAGGGUCAUUUUUUUGUUUUUAUUUAGGUUUUUCUUUUAAGUUAUUUGAUUUUUUUCUGGGCUGGAUUCCCAUGGGGUAACACACGUCUUGAAAUCUACGCCUCGACAGGUGAGUAGAUGUAGGAUAAUUGGUGUUAUAGUAUAAUAGUAUAGAAAACUACGGAAAGCCAAGUCACAUGUAGACUUAGAUUUUUUUUUUCUUUUUUUUUUUUUGAUUCAAUGCUUUUAUUUACUUGAAUUUUUUUAACUCAUAGCCAAAACCUUCCAAUAAGAGAUACACACAUACUGUGUCCAAAAUGUUUAGCUGUUUUUUAUGUAAACUGCUCUCUGAACGAAAUUUGAAACUGCCAUUUAUAGGACUUCUCUCCAUUAAAGACAUGGGUAGGAAGGGGUUUACAUUGUGUGAAAUUUUGUAUAUAACCAAUUUCCCCAAGAACAGAAAUGCGACAAAUCCUCAUUACAUUUUAGAACAGAAAUAGUUUCUAAAUUGUAUUCAUGCAUGUUCUGUUGUGCAAAAGCCAAAAUUGUUUUUUUUUUUUUUUUUUCCAAAAAAAAAACUUGCUUUAAACAGACAAUAUGUUUAUGCUUUUAAAGGUUUUGUGUAUAAUUUGUGAGACAUAAUUCCAAAGUGAGAAAAAUAGAUUAUACACAUUUUCUUGCUGCUAUUUUGCUUUCUUUUCUAGUCUUACACAAAGAUGCCUUAUUGUGAGUCACUUGUGUGCUGCUAUAUUAUGAAUUUUGUAUAUGUAAGUCUGCUUUUCUUGUGUAUGUGUACUGGAGGGAACGUAACACAGUUUGGUGCGGGACUGGAAGUACUUGUGUUUGCAGAUCUUUUUGAUUAGCAUGUUUUAUUCUUUUAUUGUUUCAUUUGUAUCUUUAUACUCUAUCAUAUUCUUGCUGCUUCUUUGUAAUGUUUGUGUACCUCAGGUUAAUUUGGACAGAUAGAGCGAGAGCCCAUCUCAUCAUUACCUCAUCACACUUCACACCACACAUGUCGUUUUCACUCUGAUUUUGUUGGACGGGUUUCACUUUUUUUCUGUCUGGAUGAGGGGAGCUAUGGUGGUUCUUCUCUUUCAAUCAAUCAAUCAAACAAAAAGGAAAAAAUAGAAAAAUCAACCGCCAGAUUUCAUAGAGCAGUUCAAAGUGCCUAUACUUUAAAAUAGGUUAUUUCAUUUAUCUGGUGCUAAGUCUAAAACAGCCUGUACUGUAUGCUAUACAUGUAUCGGAAAGACAAAAAAAAGUUGUUGUUUCUUUCUACUUGGAGUUUCAUUGGCAUGUCUAGAUCAGUUCAUUUGGAAUAAAAUUGAAUAUUGUUAAUUUUUGAGGUACCCAUUUAGUCGAAGUUUAAACCACCAGAAUGUUUUAUCAUUGUUCAGUGUGGUUGUUAUUUCAAACUCACCCCCCACUUUCUCCAUGUGCAACCACACAGUGUACCUCAAAAAAUUUGUGCUCAAUAAAUUGGCUAAAAUCAA